AUGUCUGGAGACAGCAAGACCUUGUACACGGCCGAAGAAGUGGCCAAGCACAACUCCAACGAAAGUUGUUGGAUUAUCCUCGAGGACAAGGUCUACGAUGUCUCCAAGUUCCUCCUAGAGCACCCUGGAGGCGAAGAAGUCAUAUUGAACUUGGCCGGACAAGACUGCACAAACGAAUUCAAUGAUGUUGGCCAUUCUUCAGACGCCCGUGCCAUGACCGAAGACUACCUGGUCGGCCACCUGCAUCCAGACGACCACAAGAACGCCAAAGAACCUGUAGUUGUGGAGUUUUCCAUCGAAAAAGAAAAUAUCGGAGAUAUUCUGUCAAGCCCGACUUGGACCAACUUCCUCAUUCCCUUGGCCAUCUCCAUCGUGGUCUACGCCCUUUUCAAGGUAUCUCAACGUGUGAUGUAA